CAGUCGGAGAUGUGGGAUCUCUUUUGGAGCGAUCUGUCGGUUUCCUCGGAUCGAGUUCAGCGACUUCUUCCCUUCCAGCGCCUCAACCAUUUUCCCGGCAUGAUGGAGAUCUGUCGCAAGGCCGCGCUCUCCCGCCACCUCGCCCGGAUGGCGACGAAACUGCCCUCCGAGUACCGCUUCUACCCCACCAGCCUCGUGCUGCCAGACCAACUAGACGAGCUCAUGACGGCGCUCAAGAGGAAUAAAGCAAGGGCGGACGCGGCUGAGACAGCAGGCCGCGGGAUCGCGCUGGUGCAGUACCCGCAGCAGCUGGCGGAGGCGGGGGACGUGGGCAACUGCGUGGCGCAGUCGUACGUGACGUCGCCGCUGCUGUUGGAGGGAUUCAAAUUUGAUUUGAGAGUGUACGCGCUGGUCAUGUCUGUAGAUCCGCUCCGGAUCCAUCUGUACGACGAAGGCCUUGCGCGCCUGGCUACGGAGCCGUACAUGCCACCCAGCUCGUCCAACUUGCGUACGACAACCAUGCACCUGACGAAUUAUGCGGUCAACAAGGCCGCGGCGGGUUUUGUGUCGGCGGAUGCGGCGCCGGCUGGUGGUGGCAGCAAGCGGCCCAUGUCUGCCGUACUGGCGCAGCUGGCGGCGCAGUACGGCACCACACAGGAGGCCCUUCAGAGCUCGAUAGCCGACGUUGUCAACAAGACCGUGAUGGCCAUUCAGCCCCUGCUGGCGCACACCGCCUCCGCCGCCGACCCCACCGCGCCGUGCGGGUGCCCCCCAUCGCUGUGUUUUGAAGUUCUGGGGUUUGACAUUUUGUUCGACACGCAGCUACAGCCCUGGUUGUUGGAGGUGAACCACUCGCCGUCGUUUGCGAGCGACUCCAGACUCGAUCGAGCAGUGAAGGGUGAGAUGCUGGCACGCACGCUAGAAAUGUUGGGGCAGCAGCCCAACGCAAGACGGCUCUUCCUCGAGGUGGAUUGUGGGUGGGGGGAGGGGAGGGGUAAGGGGGGUAAGGGAGGGGAACGGCGCAUACGUGUGUGUUUUUCUGUGGGCACGAGGUAA